CUGACAUCAUCUCUACAGUAGAAUUCAACCACACUGGAGAAUUACUAGCAACAGGGGACAAGGGGGGGCGUGUUGUAAUAUUUCAACGUGAGCAGGAGAGCAAAAACCAGCCCCAUCGCAGGGGAGAGUACAAUGUCUACAGCACCUUCCAGAGCCACGAGCCAGAGUUCGAUUACCUGAAGAGUUUGGAGAUAGAGGAGAAGAUCAAUAAGAUCCGAUGGCUGCCACAGCAGAACGCAGCCUAUUUCCUGCUCUCCACCAACGAUAAGACUGUGAAGCUAUGGAAGGUCAGCGAGCGGGACAAGAGACCGGAGGGAUACAAUCUCAAGGAUGAGGACGGCCGUCUCCGAGACCCCUCCAUGAUCACCAUGCUACGGGUGCCUGUGCUGCGGCCCAUGGACCUGAUGGUGGAGGCCACCCCCCGGCGGGUGUUUGCCAACGCGCAUACCUACCACAUCAACUCCAUCUCCGUCAACAGCGACUACGAGACCUACAUGUCGGCGGACGACCUGAGGAUAAACCUGUGGAACUUCGAAAUCACAAAUCAAAGUUUUAGUAUCCUUUGGUGCUCGCCCCCCAUGGCCCCUGGGCCGGUCCCAGCCCAGCCAAGAGCAAGAAUAAGGGAGGUGCCUCGGCUGGCAAGGUACCCAGUGGGGCACUGGGUGACACCGGUGUGGCAGGGAGAGGAGCUGCAGCAGCACCCCCUGCCCGCCCGGGGAG